AUGCCACGACCAGGGAAAAACUCCUACAGUGACCAGAAGCCUCCCUAUUCGUACAUCUCCCUCACGGCCAUGGCCAUCCAGAACUCCCAAGACAAGAUGCUCCCCCUGAGCGACAUUUACAAGUUCAUCAUGGAGCGCUUUCCCUACUACAGAGACAACACGCAGCGCUGGCAGAACUCCCUGCGGCACAAUCUCUCCUUCAACGACUGCUUCAUCAAGAUUCCGCGACGGCCCGACCAGCCGGGCAAGGGCAGCUUCUGGGCCCUGCACCCGGAUUGCGGCGACAUGUUUGAGAACGGUAGCUUCCUGCGCCGCCGCAAGCGUUUCAAGGUGCUGGCGGCGUGCAAGAGCUCGCCCAUGUUGCACUACUUCCACCAUCACCACCAUCAUCAUCACAAGCCGGAGCAGCGGGAGCCCCCCGGCCGCCUGCCCCUCAUGCACCCGCCCACGCCGCCCGCCCACUUCCAAGGCUACCCGGGCAUCCCCUGCGCCCAGCCGGGUGUCUUCAAACACCCGUUCGCCAUCGAGAACAUCAUAGGCCGCGACUACAAGGGCGUGAUGCCCCUCACCUCGGUCAUGCACCAUCUGGGCUACCCGGUGCCCCCUCAGCUGAUGACCUCCGUGUGGCCCCACGUCGGGAUGCUCUCCGAGCCUCUGGCGCCGUCCCCGGAGUACGUGCCCUUCGGGGUCCCGACCAAAAGCCUGUAUCACCACAGUGCCAACGGGCCCGGGCUACCCGCCGUGCCGGUGCCGAUAAAGCCCACGCCGACGCUCAUGUCACACGGUCUGAGCGGGAUGUCCUCUUCUAGCAGCUCCACCUCCUCCUCAAGCCACCACGGUGACGCUCUGGAGGGGAAAGGCAACCUCCUGCACCCGGCCCUCCUUCUGUCUUAA